GACGGCGUGUUUUUGCAAACGUACUGGUCUCGCCCAGCUGCUAACCAGAUAUUCCUAUAGAAGAUCAUGGAGUUUGCCGAGCUGAUAAAGACCCCCAAAGUGGACGGGGUGGUCCUUCAUCGACCAUUUUUGCCCACCGUGGAGGGAACUCUAUGUUUAACCGGCCACCACCUGAUUCUGUCCUCCAGACAAGACAACACAGAGGAGCUUUGGCUGCUCCAUUCAAACAUAGACUCCAUAGAGAAAAGAUUUGUUGGCUCUGUUGGAAACAUCAUAGUCAAAUGCAAAGACUUGAGGGUGAUUCAGUUGGACAUUCCUGGCAUGGAAGAGUGUCUCAACAUUUCUGGCUCUAUUGAGGCUCUGUCCACACUCGACUCCGUCUCUCUGAUGUAUCCUUUCUUCUACCGGCCUAUGUUUGAAGUCAUAGAGGACGGGUGGAAUUCAUUUCUUCCUCAGGAUGCAUUUAAGGAUUUGGAAUCAAUGACAGAUGAGUGGAGGCUGAGUGACGUCAACAAAGACUUCAGUGUGUGUCCAUCAUACCCCCGUCUAGUGGCAGUUCCUAAAAACAUUGACGACGACACCCUGAAGAAAGUAGCCACCUUCCGCCAUGGUGGGCGUUUCCCAGUGCUUAGCUACUAUCACAAAAAGAACGGCAUGGUGAUGAUGCGUUCGGCGCAGCCCCUCACUGGCACCAACGGGAGACGCUGCAAAGAAGAUGAGAAGCUAAUCAAUGCCACUCUGAGGCCAGGAAAACGGGGCUAUAUAAUCGAUACACGCACCAUCAAUGUUGCCCAGCAGGCCAAAGCCCGAGGUGGCGGGUUUGAAUCUGAAGGCAACUACCCACAAUGGAGAAGGAUCCACAAAGCUAUUGAAAGGUACAACGUCCUCCAAGAAAGUCUGAUAAAGCUGGUGGAAGCCUGCAAUGAUCAGUCCCACAGCAUGGACCGCUGGUUAAGCAAGCUGGAGGCCUCCAACUGGCAGACUCACAUCAAGGAGAUCCUCACCACUGCUUGUCUGGCUGCCCAGUGCCUCGACAGGGAGGGAGCAUCAGUGCUUGUUCAUGGAACAGAAGGGACAGACUCCACGCUGCAGGUGACCUCCUUAGCUCAGAUCAUCCUAGAUCCAGGAUGCAGGACCAUUAAAGGCUUCCAAAGUCUGGUGGAGAGAGAAUGGCUCCAGGCGGGUCACCCAUUCCAGCAGCGCUGCUCCCAGUCUGCCUACUCCAACAGCAAGCCGCGGCAAGAGGCUCCCGUCUUCCUGCUCUUCUUAGACUGUGUGUGGCAGAUCCUACGGCAAUUUCCUUGCUCCUUUGAGUUUAACGAGAGCUUCUUAGUGCUGCUGUUUGAACAUGCCUAUGCCUCUCAAUUUGGUACUUUCCUGGGCAGCUGUGCAGCUGACAGAGCCAGGCUGUCUCUUCCUGAGAAAACAGUGUCCCUAUGGUCUUGGGUGAAUCGGCCACAGGAGCUGGAGCGUCUGACCAACCCCCUUUACGAGGCCAACAGUCUCGUGAUUUGGCCCUCUGUGGCUCCUCAGAGUCUGCUGCUGUGGGAAGGUGUUUUCCUGCGCUGGAACCGCUCGUCCAGGUGUUUGGAUGAGGCUUACGAUGAAAUGGUGCACAUAAUCGAAUACAACAAGGAGCUUCAGAACAAAGUUAACAGUCUGCGCCGGCAGCUGGCUGAGCUGGAAACAGAAGAUCCUCUGUUGAAUGCUCCAUAAACCGAAAAAGGUAGCAAGAUGGUUAGAGGGAGGAGAAACUGUUCAAAUAACUACAAUAUGCUCACAUUCAUCCAAUGUUUAAGCGUUACUGCAGCUUAAGUUACUCUUCUGAUAUCUCAAAAAAGAUUUUUUUUUAUUUCAGAUUUAGUAAUAAAUAAGUAAAUAUUAUUAAGUAAUUAUUUGUGUUGUCAGUUCAUUAAAUCAUGCAUUUCUAAUAUGAGUUUCUGUCAAGCUUGAACUAAAACAUUUCAUCUCACUCUAAUUUUAGUAUAUGCAGCUUUGCACAUGCAGAAAAAAAAAUCCUAUGCUUGACUUAUAGCUGAAUCUACAUUUGAAAAAAUCAUCAAACUAACUCCAUUUGUUGCCAUUUGUAUUUACAUUCUGCAUGAGUAUAUGUUUUUCUGAUUUUUUUUCUUACUAUUAUUCACUGAGAAACAAUGUCUGUUAAUGCAGGGUUCUGAUGAGCAUGCUGAACAUAUGUGGCAUUGAGGCAGUGCAGGGUUGCUAUGGCAACACGUGUGCUGCUGUAAGUUGGUGUGUGACUCUUCAACAUGUUCAGAUGAAAUGUGUAGGCUGGGUCAGCACCUUCUGUACUGUACAAUGGAGUUUUAAGGAGUACAUUUCCAUUCAAAUUGUUAUGUAUCUGCUUUGUUUUACAGAUUAUGAAGUUCUGGUUUGUUGCAUAAAAUGAUACAAAAUAACUACUCGAAACAUUAAGUUAACUUUUUAAUGGCGCUACUUAGAUGCUUGUGGCUAAAGGAGCCUGUUUAUAGGUGUCAGAUCACACGGAGAUUCAAUAUAUAGCAAAGGUGAAGUAUCUUUAUUACAUAUAUAGAAUUGCAUAUCAAGUGUUGAGUUUAAUUAUGCUGUAUUUGUGGGCAAAACUACUCCUGAAUAUUUGGUACUGAUGCACUUUUUAUUGGCCUUAUUCUUUAGUGUGUACAAAGCCAUACAUAUACUCUUUUCAUUCAAUAUGGUUAGUUGCCAGUGAUUAUAAUGGGAAAAGUCUUCUCACAGACAGAUCUUUGACAUGUUUGUAGGUAAUCUCCAACGUAGGACUUUAUAGAAGUCAUGAAAAUCCCCUUCAUUGAUAUUUUAGCCUUUUUGCUAGUUUACCAUUAAAAUCCUCUUUUCUUGUUUUGUUUUUUACUGUACUAUGCUUGCCAAACAACCUUGACUUUUGAAUCUUUCAAAUUCAAUUUUGAAAGGGGAGAGAAAAUCAAAAAUAAGCCAAUGUUUUGUUUACACAUUGCAACAGAUGAACAGAUAUCUUUCAUCUUUUGUGAUUUCUUUUUUUUUUUUGUCCCUCACGAUCUUCGUUUUCAUUUCAGUUUCAUAGCUUUUUAAACUGUUAUAAUUGUUUUGUUAGAAUUAGCUAAAUAAAUAUGAAUCAGUGUACUGAAGUACUAUAAGAUGUAUUUGGUUCUUCUCUAAGUUCCUUGUCGGCAAAACACUAAUUGAUCCCUUCAGUUUCAGAGCGUUUUUAUAACUGACCCCAUGCAUGGUAAUAUUGGGUUGCAAAUUUUUUCAUUAUGUUUUAACAAAGAUCAGCAGGGCUGCUUUUAUCUAUAUGUCAUCAAAACAUGGGUUGGUGGGUAAGCAAUAGAAGCACUGUGUUAGAUUUUUUUGUUUUUUUGUUUUUUAUUCUGCACAUUAUGGGUUAGCCUUUGUGGUUAUGUAUUAAUCGAACUCAAGUACUUUAAAUGACAUUGUUGAGAAACAGGUUUUCAUUAAGUGUAUGACAUGAUUUACCUUUGACCAAUAAUUCAGCUAUAUGUUUGCAAACAGUGAGAUGGUAGUUUAAGCCAAAUCCGUGGUGUGGUUUAUAAUUGUAAAAAUGUAAGCCUCCCAUUCAUCCGUCUUUAGUCAUUUUUAUAUCAGUAAAAUAAUCAAUGAACUCUAAAAGAAAUGAUCUAAGCUUUAGACAAAUGUCUUUGCCUGUUCUGUUAACUGACUUUGUGCAAUGCUUUACUAUAAAAGUACAGUUCACUUUUAUGUACCCUGUACCACUGAUGAUUACAUGCUUGUUUUUUGUUAAUUUUGGAGAUAUUA